CAAACGUUGGUAAAUUGACUUUUCUCUCCUCUGUAAGAAGCCAUGGCUCCCAGGAAAAGAACCACCAGACAGCGGAAGAACAACCCAAAGACGGCCAAGCUGGAAGCUUUCCUGGAGGAUUUCGACAGCGAGGUGAAUACCAGAGUCAUACGAAUGAAAGAGAAGAUCAACCAGCUUUUGAAAGAUGUGGACAACAGCUACAACAUGGCGCUGAUUAAGCUCCCGAAGGCCAUCAGACAAACAUCGUGGCUAGAACAUUUCAAGCCUGAGAAACCCAAGUCACCAGAAGUUGAUAAUACAAAGAGAGAUGAGGAAGCUGCUAUUGUUGAGAGUGUUGUAGCUAAGGACCACGCAGCUCUUCUGAAAUCUGCCAAACAAAAGACAAAGAAGAAAGGUGCGUCCAGUUCAGAGGAUGAAAACACCCCGAGCACCACCAAGAGGGGAAGACCAGCGAAGAAACCUCCGACUACCUCAAAAAGAGCGAAAGCGCUGUCUGUCAGCAAGCAGAACAGCUCCAUCAGACGAUCUAACAGGAAGCCGAUGGUCACUCCUGCCAGGAGUGUGCUGGAUUCCUCUUUGAUGAUGGGACCUACACCCCUCGUCACCCCACGCUUUGACCCGAGGCUGCCUAAGACCCCCGCUGUGAGAGUUCCCCGCCACAAAGAGAGGGUCUACAGCAUCUCAGUCAACGGCUCUCCCAUCGCGUCAGGAAACGAGGACAUUGUCAUCAACGUUCCCAUCGGCAACGGAGAGAGCAUUCAGCUUUUGGCCAGUCAGAUGGACUCAGUGGAUCUGUCACUGCUGGAUGAGACCGCUCUGAGGAGCAUCCGCCUGCUGAAGAAUCGCCUCACAACCCUGUGUGAAACGCCAGAGUGACCCGACCAGCUCUUGUUGACUUGUACAUUGUUUUAAAGAAAUUGUAACCCUUUUAUUUGACCGUGUGACGUGACAUGGUGUGUUUUUUUUUUAACUCAUAUGUGUGAUUUUAAAACAUAUAACACACACAGAGGUUCUCAAGAAAGACAUGUUUUGUAUAUAUUUUGUUUUACUGAUUGUAGUUUCCUUUAAGCCAAUCACAUUCUUUGAAAUCCAUCCAGCUGUUAAAUGUAUGAAUGUGGUUAAAGUGUCUCGUUUUACUACAUUUGUGAGAUGAUCUUGACUUCAGCUUUUAUGCCUGGAUGAAUUCUGCUUAAUGUCCAUCUCAUUUUAGUGCUUUUCCUGUAUUUUACUCCUGCUGGUCUGGGCUAAAGUGAUCUUCUCUUUACUUGUUUUACAGCUCAUUCUUUAUCUUCUAAGUACAUCCUUAUCCUACAUUUCUUUUUACGUGCGUUACAUUUUGUCCUUGUUGAAUCCUCCUGUGUUUCCAUAAGUCAUUUUGCAGUUAGCGCAAAUACAUUCUUGUACAUACUUUACAUCUUUUCUUUUGCUGAUAAAAGUGAUUUUGAUCACGGA